AUGAUACGACUCUAUGAGUUUUCUAUUCGUGUUGUACAAGUCAUCAUGCGUUCUCCCCAGCAGAUGGAGACUCUAAAAGUUACUGCAUCCAACCAGGAUCGGUACUGGUGUCAGGGAGACAGUUAUUACAGACCCAAAUCCUCACAGCUAAGCAGGCCUGUCACUCUAACUUUGAGAGAGAACAAAUACCCUGUUAUGAUCCUGCAGCCUGAUAAACAGACAUUCAGAGGAGAGACUGUCACUCUCAGAUGUCAAAUACAGGGAGAGAGAGACACUGACUGGGAAUACAGCUGGUAUAAGAAGAGUUCUUCACUCAGUCCUGUCAGUAAAGAUCAGGAAUACACAAUCAGUCCUGUUUCUGAGUCCCACAGUGGUGAAUACACCUGUAGAGGAAAACACAAAAGAGACUCACAGUACUCAGAGAUCAGUGAUGCUGUAACACUGACUGUGUCAUCAGGUUUGUCUCCUCCAGCCUCUCUGAUCAUCAGUCCCAAAACAACUCAACACUUUACAUCUGAUUCUCUCUCACUGAGCUGUGAGGUGCAGAGUGACUCUACUGGAUGGACAGUGAGACGAUACACAGAUAAUGGAGAGGUGUCAGACUGUUCAUCAGACUGGGGAUCAGUAACAGGAUCUACAUGUAGCAUCAACUCCCUCCAAUCAUCAGACAGUGGAGUGUACUGGUGUCAGUCUGAAUCAGGAGGGAACAGUAACCCAGUUAACAUAACAAUGACAAGUGGUGCUGUGAUCCUGGAGAGUCCUGUUCAUCCUGUUACUGAGGGAGAUACUUUGACUCUGCGCUGUAGAUAUCGAUAUGAGCCCUCAGAUCUCAGAGCUGAUUUCCAUAGAGAUGGAUUAGUCCUCCAGAAUCAGACUAUAGGGGAGAUGACCAUCCCUGCUGUCUCAAAGUCAGCUGAGGGUCUGUAUUGGUGCAAAAACCCAGAGAGAGGAGAGUCACCAAAGAGCUGGAUCACUGCACAAAAAAACAGAAGAGUCAAAAGACAGAACAGCACCAAUCAGGUGACAAAGCAGGAUCAGAACCAGACAGGAGGAGUGGAGACUCAGUCAGCUUAUAUGCCACUGCAGUCUGGAAGUGUUCACAUCUAUGAUGAUAUUAAUAUUCCAGAUAGAGGUGAGAUGAGUGGACAGUCAGAGCCUGUAUACUCAGAGCUGAAUGAGGGUGUGUAG